AUGGACGAUGCACGCAGUUCUUGAAGACAUUAUUUAUAUAACACUAUAAAAUAAUUUGUGCUCCAUUUUUCGCACUGCUUUGUGCUGGACUUGGGGCGGACAGCAGCAUAGUAAGCCGGUAGCGAGUGGAAGAGUCUAGAGGCGGCCGCUGUCCACCAGGGAACCGGUGACACGUGUAGGGAAGUUGCCUCCAUCUCUGUGACAUCCAGCACCCCUUGUAUCUGGUGUGUGUCAGCUGCUCCCUCUGCCAGCAGGGCUGCCUUAUUGCCAGCAUCAGCAUAUGUCUGCACAGACCCUCUUGAGGUAGGAGGUCUUGAAGCGGUGACAUGGUAAAGAAACAAGUGAAGAACCUCCCGGUACAAGAUUCGGUGGAAGCAGAGCCCACAUGUAAGCACAUCCGGAAGGGAUUGGAUGAGGGGACGGUGAAGAGAGCGCUGGUGAAUGUGGAGUGGGACGUCUGUCAAGACUGCCAGACAGACAGCAAGGAGGCUGUGAACGAUGGACAGGAGGAACACAGGGAAUCGGACGUGGUCUGGCUGUGUCUGAGAUGUGGUCACAGGGGUUGCGGCAGAUAUUCUGAGCGGCAGCAUGCGCUAAACCAUUAUAACACCCCAAGAUCGGAGCCCCACUGCCUGGUGAUCAGUGUUGGCGAGUGGAACGUAUGGUGCUACCUGUGUGAUAACCAAGUUGACUAUGAGUGCUCUAGUCGGCUCCGGCAAUUGGUGGAAUACGUAAAGAAGAAGUCGAAGUUGAACAGUAGGACGGCAAACACAGUUCAAUCAGGCCAAGAAGUGUGCAGCUCUGAGAAAGCGCAGGAGAAGGAGGUGCAGCAAGCGGCUGAAGAUUCCAAUACAACCGCUAUAAAGGAAGAACCGCCGAAAACGUUUAGUGAGAGUAAAGAAGGCGCUGUGAGAGGGCUCAGUAACCUGGGGAACACUUGCUUCUUCAAUGCUGUGAUGCAGAAUUUGUCGCAGACGCCUACACUGCGAGAACUUCUAAAUGAUGUGAAGCAUCCAGGAAAAACUGUGACUGUUAAAGAGCCCAAUUCUUCCGAACCAUCACAGCGGGAAGUGACGUUGGAGCAGCAGGCGGGUCCCCUGACGUUGGCCAUGUGGCAGUUUGUGACUGAGAUGCAGGAGACCAAGAAAGGGGUUGUAACCCCCAAAGAGCUUUUCUCUCAGGUCUGUAAAAAAUCUGCACAGUUCAGGGGAUACCAACAACAAGACAGCCAGGAACUUCUCCGCUACCUGCUUGAUGGCAUGAGAGGAGAGGAGAUCCAGAGAGUAAGUUCCGCAAUUUCCAAGACUUUACAGGAUGCUGCAGAGACGAUAGAUGAGAGUGAAAUGAAAAAGCUUAUUAAAGAUUAUGAAAAAAGAAGAGCUAUCCCGAACUUUGUGGAUCGCUUGUUUGGAGGCGAGUUAACAAGUACGAUAAUGUGCGAGACUUGUCACACGGUAUCAUUAGUCCGUGAGCCUUUUCUUGAUCUUUCCCUUCCUGUCCUGGAUGAUUCGCCUGCAAAGAAAAACAGCACAAAAGCAUCAAAACCAGUCUAUGUAAAGGCUGCAGAUGACGACGAUGAUAGUUACGUAAAGGAGAGGAGUGACGUCCCUCCCGGAGGAAGUAAACACCUUCAGAAGAAGGCAAAAAAGCAAGCAAAGAAACAAGCCAAGCAUCAACGGCGACAGCAGAAAAUACAGGAUAAGACGAUGACGCUCAGCGAUCACAACGUGAGCCAUCCUGCGGAUGAAGAGUCCGUCUCCGACAAUAACACAGUGGGUAACAACGCUGAGCAGCAAGAGGAAACUGAUGGACUUUGUUUAAGCACAACUGAUAAAACAGAUGUGGAAAAGACUGAGGAAGGUCUAGAGCAACAGGAGAAUGACAUGGAAUUGUGUCUAAACAAUCUACAAAGCAAUGCGGACGUAGAUGCAGAAGACCUUAGUCGUGAAGCUGUAGGAAAUCUGGACGAUGGUCACGGAUUGGGUACAGGAAAUGUAGAUAACAAUGAAGGCAGUUCGGAAAAUCUAGAAAAUAACUCUGAAGUGAUUGAGGUUCUAGAAAACUCUGAUAGUAGUCUAGUGGACAUGGAUAACAGCGAUGGUAAAGAGGGGACUUUAGAUGUAGAGAGUCUUCAGGCGGAAGACGACACUGAGGUCAGCCGACUAACAGACAACAUCAACAGGCUCAAUCUGAGCUCUGACCUUGAACCCAAUGACAUUGAGAUUGAAAUAAUUGAUGAACCUCCUCGCGUGCAAAUCUACGAGGUGGUGAACGAAGACCCUAAAACGGCCUUUUGCACCCUCUCGGACAGAACGGAGAUGCAGUUAGACGAGUGGUCUGUCCUGAGUUGCCUCUAUCAUUUCACUCGCACGGAGAACCUGGUGGGCAAUAACCAGCUGCUGUGUAAUACCUGCACACAGAAACAGGCCACAGCAAUAAAAAAUAACACUAAAGGCGAUAAUAAGUUUGUUUACACGAAUGCCAAGAAACAGAUGUUGGUGUCUGCGCCGCCUCCUAUCCUGACUCUUCAUUUAAAGAGGUUUCAGCAGAACGGUUUUAAUCUCCACAAGAUCAAUAAGCAUAUAAAGUUUCCAGAGGUGAUUGAUCUGGCCCCAUUCUGUACUGUCAAAUGUAAGAAUAUAUCUGAUGGAGAAAGUAGGUUACUGUACUCCUUGUAUGGAGUGAUAGAACACAGCGGCACAAUGCGAUCUGGACACUACACCGCUUAUGUGAAGUCACGGGUCCCAAAUCCUAACCUGGGGGAACUAGUACUGCGUGGAGUACUUCCUGAAGUGUCGAAUACGGAACCUUUGAACGGCCAUUGGUACCACAUCAGCGACAGCCACGUGCAAACAGUGCCAAUUACCAAAGUGCUCGGUUCACAGGCCUAUCUGCUGUUUUAUGAGAGGAUCCUGUGAGAAUUACCGCUUAUCCUGCUCCGAAUUGCCAAGGAAUAUUUAUUUUAAUUGAACUCUUAAGAGCACCAGUUGCCGGCCCACAGUGACGAUGGCUGUUUUUGUGGGAUAAGCUGCUACUCUCGGGAACGCAGCUUUCCAUCUUGCUAUCGCUGCAACUGUCACCAGUUGCUAGUGAAUUGAUGGCUGCAUCCGCAGUGUAGGCGACUGGUAUACUUUCAUUGUCUUUUCCAAAACUAUAAUUAAUGAGAAAUAUGUAUAUAUGAGCACAACCAUAGCCAUUUUUAUUUUGAUGGACCAUUUUGGGUGUGUCUGCAUUAACCUUGAUCAUUGUUCAUCUCUACUGAGUAUAUGCAAUAAAUGAUAGCACCUGCGAGUACAAGUCAUGCUGCUGUGGAAUAAACUUUCCUGAUGGUUAAAUGCA